CAUCCAUGCUUCAUUCAGCCAGUGUGAAUUAUACGAAACAGUCCUCAACUGUAACUUCUCUCCUGUUUUAAGUUUCGUUUGUGGAAUACAUUUUAAAGUUUGCAAGAUGUGCGGUAUAUGGGCGUUAUUCGGCAGCGAUGAAUGCCUGUCGGUCCAGUGCACCAGCGCGAUGAAGAUCGCGCAUCGUGGACCAGACGCGUUCCGCUUUGAGAACGUCAACGGUUACACCAACUGCUGCUUCGGAUUCCAUCGGCUGGCCAUCGUGGACCAGCUGUAUGGCAUGCAGCCGCUGCGCAUCAAGAAGUUUCCCUACCUGUGGCUCUGCUACAACGGCGAGAUCUACAACUACCUCAGACUGAAGAAGGUGUUUGAGUUUGAGCACCAGACAAAGGUGGAUGGGGAGAUCCUGCUGCACCUGUACGAUCGCUUCGGCAUCGAGAAGAUGGCGUCUCUGCUGGACGGCGUGUUUGCCUUCGUGCUGCUGGACACUGCGGACAGGAAGGUGUUCAUAGGCAGAGACACGUAUGGCGUCAGGCCCAUGUUCAAACUGCUCACUGAUGACGGAUUCCUCGCAGUCUGCUCCGAGGCCAAAGGGCUCACUCAGAUCAGCCACUCCAUGGAGUCCCAGGUGAGCGUGGUGGCUUUCCCUCCCGGUCACUUCGAGGCGUUCAACCUGAAGCCCUCUGGGAAGGUGGAGUCCAUCCAGAUGGACCGCUUCCACAGCUGCCUGGAUGAGCCGGCUCACGCCGCCUACGACUCUGUCGAGAAACUCCCCUCAGGCUUCCAGAUGGAUGUGGUGAAGAGGAACAUCAGGACGCUGUUUGAGAGCGCCGUCAAGAAACGUCUCAUGGCCCACAGGAGGAUCGGCUGCCUCCUCUCAGGUGGGCUGGACUCCAGCCUGGUCGCUGCUACGCUGGUGAAGUUGGCCAAGCAGGAGGAGCUGAAGUACCCCAUCCAGACGUUUGCCAUCGGGGCCGAGGACAGUCCCGACAUCCAGGCCGCACGCAAGGUGGCUGCGUACAUCGGCAGUGAACACCACGAGGUGUCCUUCACCCCUGAGGAGGGCAUCAAGGCCGUAGAGGAGGUCAUCAUCCACCUGGAGUGUUAUGACAUCACCACGAUCCGCGCCUCUGUAGGCAUGUACCUGGUGUCUAAGUUCAUCCGGGAGAAGACGGACAGUGUGGUCAUCUUUUCUGGGGAGGGGUCUGAUGAGCUCACGCAGGGAUACAUCUACUUCCACAAGGCUCCCACCCCUAAAGCAGCGCAUGAGGAGUGUGUGCGCCUAUUGAAGGAACUCUACCUGUUUGACGUGCUGAGGGCAGAUCGCACCACUGCUGCUCAUGGGUUGGAGCUGCGCGUGCCCUUCCUGGACCACAGAUUCACGGCGUACUACCUGUCCUUGCCUGAGGAGAUGAGGGUUCCCAAGGACGGCGUGGAGAAGUUCCUCCUGCGCGACGCGUUUGCAGGUGAGGACCUUAUCCCUGACGAGGUGCUGUGGAGGCGCAAAGAGGCGUUCAGCGACGGAAUCAUGUCCGUCAAGAAGUCCUGGUACACCAGCCUACAGGAGCACAUCGAGUCUGAGGUGAAUGACUCGGAUCUGGAGAGAGCUGCUCAUACCUUCCCGUUCAACCCCCCCAAGACCAAAGAGGCGUUCUACUUCCGGCGGGUCUUUGAGAAGCACUACCCAGGGCGCUGUGAGUGGACCCCGCACUACUGGAUGCCCCGAUGGAUCAACGCCAGCGACCCCUCCGCCAGAACCCUGUCCAUUUACAAACCUGACAAGGACGAGUAGAACCGCUCUGCUAGAACCCUGUCCAUUCAAUAACGUGACCAGGAGAAGUAGAACCGCUCUGCUAGAACCCUGUCCAUUCAAUAACGUGAC